GAUUGGCGUCGACGUGUUGGGAGUUCGAACACUCCUCAGGUCUUUCCUGAACUGUGCCUUUUCUAACGCAUCGCGUUUUUCUUUAUUCUGUUAAAUAUACAUGAUCGCCCAGGACUCAGUGCUUAACGCGUGGAACCUAAGUUUUUCUAUGAACUUCCCUUCACUUAGGACGUUUUGGUUGUUUCUUUGAAGAACUCGCCAACUACUUGUAGGCAUGCAGUUAACUGCAAAGGCAGCAUCUCGCCUGUGAGUAGUGAUGUGGUCCUGGGUUGGAAUUUCAGAUCCAACCCUUGUGAGCCUUGUAACUCUGGCCAGUUACUAAACUCUUGAGGCUUUAAUGUCUUCAUUUGUGAAAGCAGAGUAAUAGUACUUGCUUCUUAUGGGUGUCAUGAAGCCUAAACAAGGAAAUGGAAGAUAAAGUGACCAGUCCAGAGAAAGCUGAAGAGGCAAAAUUAAAAGCAAGAUAUCCUCAUCUGGGACAAAAGCCUGGAGGUUCUGAUUUCUUAAGGAAAAGAUUACAGAAAGGGCAAAAAUAUUUUGAUUCUGGGGAUUACAACAUGGCUAAAGCAAAAAUGAAGAACAAGCAACUUCCUGCUGCAGCCCCGGAUAAGACGGAGGUCACUGGUGACCACAUUCCCACUCCACAAGACCUUCCUCAACGGAAACCAUCCCUUGUUGCUAGCAAGCUGGCUGGCUGAUUAAAAGAGCUGAACUGCAUGAAUCUUCUAAUUCCCAUUAUUUCUCCUUAAUAUGUUACUUAUCCUUUUUUUAUUUACUUUCACUAAGUCAUUUGAGACUGACAGCUUUGCAGGUAGCAGUAGUGCGUGCUGCUAUUUUGUUAAGGGAAUAUACAUGUGUAGAGUUUUUGAUUAGUUUGACAGUGCACUGAUGAAAAGAACAUGUUAGAGCUACAUAAGUAAUCUACUUGAAAAUAAUUGUAUAUAUUACCUAACUCCUAGUAUAGGGCUGGUUCCAACAAGUAACAAGCAAGUUUUAAAGUUUUAAUGUUUUGGCUUUCAUUACUUCAUCUUAAUUAUAGCUCUGUAUGUUACUCUUAUUUAAUAUAACUUCUAUUGUAUUGAUUUCUUCUGUAUUUUUCUUUUGGAUUUUGUAAAACAGAUGUUUAAGACCACAAGUUGGAAGAAGGUCACAUAUUUCAAACACAAAUAGAUGGGGCUCUGAAAGAUUUGUAUCUCUGUGCUUGAACUUGAAUGGCCUUAAACCUGUUUCAGCUUUAACAGUAGAAUUUUACUUGGGCAAUAUUUGCCUUCUUGGUGUAAUUUAUGUGACUCUAGUGCUUAACAGCUCCUAGUGAAGCUAGUAUUCUUAUUCAGUUCUGUAGUUUUAGAAUGCCUUUUGUUGUUGAAGAUGUGAAUGAAGUGUGCAUGUGCAUCGACUGUUGAAUUCACUUUUGUGCCAUUUUUGUAAAUACAAUAGUUUUGCACAACCUCUCACAAAUGUCUGUAUUAAUUUCACAUAUUAACAACUAAAUGUAUACUAUCACAUGGGCCAUUAAAAAAAAAAGGAAAUGUGCCAACCAGAAGCACAAGAGUUUCUACACAAAACUCUGUAUGUCAUUACAUCUUUUGUAUAAUAAGAGUAGUUUACAAUUUCAGGCUUAUAGAAUACCAAACUGAAAUCUUUGUUCCGUCUGCCAUAGACUUAAGCUUUUCAUUUGUUACCAGUAUCCAUGACAUUCAGUGGCCUUGUGCAAAUAUAAUAUGUUGCUGAGGCAUAUCUUUUGUCCUAUGCAUAACUUUCAUUUUGACUUUUAUGAAAAUAAUUCAUUUAAUUUAUAUAAACUUUUUUAAUGUAGAAACUUUUUACUUCCACACUCAAUUUUGGAGACACUAGAGUAAAAGGCUUCAAUAGUCUGCCUUCUGUGCACCAACACCCAUCCCCUACCCCCACUUUUUUUUGUUUUGUUUUGGUGCUUUUUUGAUUCAAAUGGUAUUGAGCUGUUUGGUUAUAUGGAAGCAUAGGAUAGGUGUCUAUGUCCUUACUCUUAAAAUUUGCUCUGCUGACUGCUGUAUUUUAUAACACAAUGAUGGUGUUUUCCUUCUAAUUUCUCAGUUGUUAAUUAACCACUCUUAAUCCUUUAGUAUUACUAAUAUUUGACAAAAUAAAUUUUAUAAUGAAACAAAUAGUUGAGAAGACUGGCCCAGGAACCUAUGUCAAGAUGAGCGGAAUUUUGGUAAAUAAUUUUAAGUAAUUAUGAUGAGCUAAGUGAAUUAGUUUUGUGACGAUUAGAGUAAUUUACAUAACAGGUCAAACUCAUAUUUAAAAUAUUUAGAUAUUUGCUUCCAAAGACGUUACUUUAAUAAAAUACCAAUUUAAUUUUACUUGUAGUUUAGUUAGUAAGAACUUUAGCAGAUUUUAUUGGGACAAGCUUACUGCUCUUUUAGGAGCUCUUUCUGUAAAUUGUUGUAAUGCCGUGGCAUGAUAAUCAGGAUCAGUAGCCUGAGCUGAUACUAUUUUUCUCUUCAUCUUUGACUUGCACAGAGCCUCCCCUCUUUUGGGUCCAGGCAUCUUUUCUGGAUCUUGGUUCCAUUUGUAUACUUGCUUUCCUAUGAUCCCAAAUCAUAGUGGAUGGUGCCUUGAACAUAGCAUCUGCACUUAAAGGCUGCCUAGUGCUCUGAGGAAAGCUUGCUAAUUAUUUUCCUGCUCUACCCACCCCAAAAGG